GCGGAGCUCCUCAGCUCAGACUGACUGAGCUGCCCCACAUUGACUGACUCUGAUGGGACGAUGCUGCUGCAGCCUCUCUGGAACGUUCUGCUGGGACACUCGUCCCUCCUGCUCUCACCUGUCUUCCCCGUCCUCUUCUCCAUGUCCAUCUACCUGUCCUUCUGUCUGCCCUUCCUGCUGCUGGACCUGCUGUCCUCCAGGUGGGCCCUGGUGCGCAGGUACAAGCUGCAGCCUCAGAGCUCUGUCAGCUGGGCCUCGGUGCAGAGCUGCCUGGCCCUGACGCUCUACAACCACCUGGUCUUCAUCUUCCCCCUCACCCUGAUGCACUGGUACCUGAGGCCACUCCACCUGCCGCAGGAGGCCCCGCACCUGCCCCGCCUCCUCGCUCAGGUGCUCGUCUGCCUGCUGCUCUUUGACUUCCAGAGCUUCACCUGGCACUUGCUGCACCACAGGGUGCCCUGGCUCUACCGCAACUUCCACAAGCUGCACCACACCUACACCUCCACCUCCGCCCUCACCACCGAACACUCGGGAGCGUGGGAGACUCUGAGUCUGGGCUUCUUCGCCGCCUGCACCCCCGUCCUGCUGGGCUGCCACCCGCUCACCGAGCUCGCCUUCUUCACGCUCAACAUCUGGCUGUCGGUGGAGGAUCACUGCGGCUACGACUUGCCGUGGGCCACGCACCGCCUGGUGCCACUGGGGCUGUAUGGCGGGGCCCGCCACCACGACCUCCACCACCUCAACUCCAAGUGCAACUACGCCCCCUACUUCACCCACUGGGACCGACUGGCCGGGACACUGUACAUACCGCAAGACUGAAUUACUGACGGAGGAAUCUGUGAACUGACGGAGGAGUUUGUGAACUGAUGGAGGAGUCUGUGAGCUGAUGGAGGAAUUUGUGAACUGAUGGAGGAGUCUGUGAACUGAUGGAGGAGUCUGUGAGCUGAUGGAGGAAUUUGUGAAGUGAUGGAGGAAUUUGUGAAGGGAUGGAGGAAUUUGUGAAGUGAUGGAGGAGUCUGUGAGCUGAUGGUCGAGUAUGUGAACUGAUGGAGGAAUUUGUGAAGUGAUGGAGGAAUUUGUGAAGUGAUGGAGGAGUCUGUGAGCUGAUGGUCGAGUAUGUGAACUGAUGGAGGAAUUUGUGAAGUGAUGGAGGAAUUUGUGAACUGAUGGAGGAGUCUGUGAGCUGAUGGAGGAGUUUGUGAACUGAUGGAGGAGUCUGUGAACUAAUGGAGGAGUUUGUUGAAACAAGGACGUUUGUGAACAAAUUUCUGAUUGUUCAGAAAUAUUUACGUCAUAUUUUCUUUUACAUUAAAAGACUGAUGACAAACUGUACAGACACACAUAUAGACACAUAUAUAUUUGUAUUAUUAUUUAUUUGUUUAUUUAUUGAAGAGCGCAGUGAGGACUGAUGUGAGCUGCCUGUAACUGUCUGUCUGCAGUAAAAUGUUUUUAUGUGUUGAAUCUUUAAAAUCAGAAACUCUGCAGCUUCAGACCAGAUGACCUGUUUUAACAGCAGAUUUUUUACAGUGUAAUUUUGGCCAUUCAUUUUCAUGUUGUUUGAAUCAGUUCAUAUUGAACAGAUGAAUAAGGUGCGGACCACGAUAGUUUUUAUAUGAAUAUAUAUUUAAUAUCAUUAAUGGCAGCUGAUUAAUGUUGAAGCUACAGUUAUAUAAAGUCUGAGUGUAAACAGACGACAGGAAGUGAAGAGACUGAACUGUGAUGUGUGU